AUGGGGGCCCCCCAUUACUAUUUGAGUGGGCUUUCUGCAGAGUUGGCCGUUGCAGAGGUUCAAGGGGGCCCCCCGGGGGGCCCCCAGGGGCCCCCGGCGUCGCUGGGGUCCGGGGAGGCCCCACUGGCCGCUGCAGCAGCAGCAGCAGCAGCAGCAGCGCCAGCAGCAGCAGCAGCAGCAGACAUCGAAUACAGAAUCAACAGAGACGAACUUGAGGGCCUCACCAACUGGUCAACCAGCACUGGGGGCCCCUCUCAUGAGGGGCCCCCCAGCGAUGGUACCAGCAACCGCAGCUGGGGGCCCCCCAGUGAGGAGGAGGUGCCCUCGGGGGGCCCCCCGGGGGCCCCCCCGGGGGCCCUCGCUUACCCAGAAGCCCCGGGGAGCUCGGCCCUAGGGGCCCCCCGAGUUAGCCUUUUGAAGAGUCGCAUCGGGGGCCCCUUGGGGGCCCCCAUGGGGGCCCCCGAAGCCACGAAGGCCCCGGAAAGGGGCCCCGAGCCUGGGAAAGCCACAGGUGAGGGCCCCCUGGGGGGCCCCCUGGGGGGCCCCCUGGGGGGCCUGGGGGGCCCCCUGGGGGGCCCCCAGAGCUUUAAGGGGGGCCCCCAGACCCCGGGGACCUCGCGGCGCCCCUGCAGACACACUUCGCUGCGGCUGCAUGCAGCAACAGCAGCAAACGAAAAGGCGGGCCGUGCUGCUGUUGCUGCGCUGCUGCGGCUGCUGCUGCGGGUUUUGGGGCUUGCUGCACUUGUGGGGGUUUUCUCCCUCAUAGUCAAGAACAACGAGAAGCCGAUCAAUGAUCCUGUUCUCCUGCUUUGGAACCAGCUAAUUAACGGAGGCUACGUGUUGCGGUUCGAGUACAUGGGCGUUAAUCUAGUCUCCAACGUUGCUCGUUAUCCAUUUCCUCCCGGGAAUAUCACUGUGGAGGAAUUCAAUGCAGUUGCGAAUGAGAUUGCCCAAAGACUGGAUGCAUAUGUGGCGAAGACGCCCUACGAACGAAGCAAAUCUGCCUUCACCGUAUUUGGGCCCCGCGGAUCUCUAGAUAGGAUAACUGUGUAUGAAGAGGCACGGCGUUUAGAUAGGAUGGGUAUGUAUGGAGGUGCACAUCGUUUUCAAUGA